AUGAUAAGAAGGUACCUGAAGAUAUACCCAUCUAUUUACUACACCAAACAUGUGAAGACCGCCCCAGAAGUGAAUGAGCACUCCACCCUGUUGAAGAAGGAUUACGUGUUUAAUCAGUAUGGUGGACAGGAGAUUUUCCUGAAUAAUAAGUUAAAGAAGGGACAGGACGAAAACGAAGUAAAGAGAAUCUACUACUUCAAAUUGUGGAACGCCCUCACCGAGCAUAACUUCACUCUAUUUGAAAAUACAAUUCAGCAGUUUUUAAAUGAGGGGCACAAGUAUGACGAGGUUAUCUACUCCAUUCUGAUCCACUCGUACGUGUUGAACCAUAAGAAGAAGAAUGAAAAUGCCUACCUGGUGAUCGAAGAAAUGAAGCGCAGCUACAUGCAUCCGGCCAUCAUAAAAUUCAACGAGAGGAUGAUCAACUCGUUCCUAGAACUGGAGAUGAUUUUCUGCGAACCAUCUAAGAGCCUGUGGAUUAACAUAUGCCGACUCGCUUGGGAGACCUCCAUAAAGCUCAACAGAGAAAGGAAGAGGAAGCUAAAGGAGAAGCUCAAAUUAAUGCCCCCACAGGAAGUGCUAACAUUAACUAGGGAGGACUUAAAGCUUAUGCUGAAGAAGGAGUAUGAAGACGCUUUAUUAAAUAUGGUGGACACGAUGGCGUUGGAAGAUGAGUCUUCAUAUGACCACGUGCUAAUUGGGAAUGACGAAAUGGAUGAUUCGGUCGGGGAAGUAGUAGACGGCGAGGAGGGCAGAGUUACGCAGAAAACCCACCUUUCGGAAGGACUAAAUCAUCCCCUUUUAGCUCCACCCGGAGGAAGCAACAAACACAUUUACUACGAUGAACUGUAUGAUUAUCAUAGCGGUUCAACUGAUGGGAUGCACUACCCACGCGAUGACACCGAAAACUUUAAAGAUGGUUUCCCCUCUUUAUACGGACAGGGUACCGGAGGGGGGGAAGAAGAAGGUGCCUUGGAUGAUGGAGAGUUCCAAAGUUUUAUGAACGUCGGACGGGAAGACCCGCUCAACGACGACGUCCUCGAAAAUGCGAACGAAGAUGAAACGGAAGACUCGUUUGAGGAUAACGAAGACUUUGACAUUCAGCUUUUGAAAAAGUACUACAAUUUUAAGUAG